CCCUCCUUCAGAAUUGGCGGGAACAUCAACUAAAUACUAUCAGUACCACUGUAACAAUAACACAAACAUCAAUACAUUAUACAGCAUUCGCAAUUACAACAUCUAGGGUUUUCAAUUUCACCCCCAAUUCAAUUUCACUGAGGAGAGAGAAAAAGUUGAGCGACGAAAAUGGAGAAAUCGAAACGAAGAGCGACGAGUAACAGAGGAAUGGAGGAGAACACUUUAGCUAUUCUUGAAUCUUUCUGUUCUCUUGAUUCUUCUCAUGUUCAUGAUGAUCGCUUGGCUUUUCUUGAGGCUGUUCGUUUUGCUUCAAUUGUUCCAGAAAAUGGAACUCCUCCUACCAACAAAAUGAUGAAGGCGAUAUUCGAGAUUAUGAGGGAGACCAAGUCUUUGGAACUUAUAGUAGCUAGUUAUCAGCUCCUUUGUGAAUUAGAGAAGCACUUUCCACGGGUUUGUUUAUCCGAUGGAGAUGAUAAGCAAGGAAAUCCUGACAAACGUACUGAGUUAGUUGUUUAUGAAGAGGCUUGGUCGCCGAUUGCUAUUGGUUCAGAUGUUGCCUUGAGUGACAAGCAUGCAGCAAAGAAGAGAUCUAAGGAACCGAUUGAUGCUGCUGGUUUUCAGCUUCUAUUAGAGAGUCUCAGUAAAGUGGCUAAUGAACCAGAAUCGUCAGACACAAAGUUAGAGCUCCUUGCUAAAAUGUAUCUGUUUCAAUACUUAGUUUAUAUUCUUGAAGCAGACUUUUUACCUCGUAACCACCACUUUCGAGAGAAUUCGAAUUGGAUUUGUGUUAGAGAUUCGUUGCUUAAUAAGCUUCUGGGGUCGAGGCAAAUAACUUACAAGGACUUGGUUUAUGAUAGUAUCUUUGUUCUGUGUGAUCUGUUCCUUGGGAAUGCUUCAGUAAAUCGUGAUACUGGUUUAACUGCAAAAAGCGCUUCAAUGGUGAUGUAUAACAAUAGCGAUUCAGCUUUAGGUCUUUGUUUACCAGAAGCAGAGAAGUGUACAUGUAAAGCUGUGAAAAAACUUAUAAUAUUGAUGACGGAGCUUGACCUGUCACGGAAGAAGGCAGAUAUGCAAAGCCUCACUACGAGAGCAGAUGGUGCAAGAGUCCCUGUGGUUGAGUUGAUAAUUGAUGAGCUCUCUUAUGACAAAGACAUAAUUACCCCGUUUCUUCAGGCUUUAGAUGAACCUAGAUUGAAGCUGGAAAUUGUUUCACAAUACAUCCAGAAAUACAAUGUCAAACCUUCUACUCGCAAGAGGAAGUCAGAAGGCUCACAAGAUGAUGCAACAAAUAUUGGAUUUUUCAAGUGCUUUGUGAAUAGCACCAGUACGAAAGGCAUUGUUAAGAAAGUUGGUGCUGAAGCAGUUCAAGUACUGUUAGCACAUGCUCUUCAGGCUUGCAUGUCAAUUUCCAAGGAGCAACUUCUUGAAGAGUUCUUUGAUUCAAAAGGGAUUGGAAGCAGUCCAUUAGCAAGCAUUUGCAAGAAUAUAAUUUCUGCCUUCACCAGGCUCAAGGAAACAGAUGAAUAUUGCCUAUUGGUAAGGAAGCAUUAUUUACAGCAGCAACUGUGCUGUCUACAAGGUCAUAGGCGUUUUCAAAUCCUUCUGGAGCUUUCCUUUUGUACAUAGUGUAAAGGAUAUGCUUCUUCUUGGCGAUGAAAGGAAAGAUUAUGAAGUAGAUCAACACUAAUACUUCUGUCCGCCAGACUAGACUGCAGUUGAUGUAAAUUAUAUAUCAACCAUCUUUUGGAAAAUACAUCUAAAUAUGAUGCAAGUUAAGCUAGCUGAGGAAGCUACAUGAAAAGUGCUCUCAAUUCUAGACAGUAAUUAGAUGGCACUUAAGUUUGGCAUUGGAUUUGUUGAUCAUACUGUACAUAUUGGACUAACCAUUAGCUUUCUUUGCCCAGCAAUACUAAGAAUGGUAGGACAUAUUACUAAGAUAUGCAACAUUUUGGAUACUAUGUACUAAUAUAAUGUCAAUCAAGUGCUAUUUUAGUGAUCACAACCUA